UUUUUGAAGAUGUUUAGCAUCGUUGAACAUUUUUACUUUUAAUGAGGUGGACGUAAGGAGGGACACAGUUAGUCAACCUGUUGUUUAUUCCAUGGCGUCAUGGUUAAGUGGACAGAAGAAGAGCGAAGCAUUGUCAGAGCAGUCUGGGAAAAAAUCGAUAUUAAUGAGAUUGGACCACAAGUAUUGGCAAGAGCUCUUAUUGUGUACCCCUGGACCGAACGAUAUUUCGGCACCUUUGGAGAUAUCUUCACUACUACAGCCAUUUUAAAUAAUCCCAAAGUAGCUGCCCAUGGAACAGUAUUGCUGAGAGCUUUGGGCAAAGGGGUAAAGAACAUGGACAAGAUGAAAGAGACGUACUCUGCUUUAAGCAAGUUGCACUACGAAAAUCUCAACGUGGAUCCAGAUAACUUCAGACUGUUGGCAGACUCGAUCAUCAUUACGUUCGCCUGCAAGCUCAAGAGCGCCUUUAAUCCCCAGGUCCAAGCAACCUGGCAGAAGUUUCUAUAUGCUGUUGUUGAAGCUAUGAACAGUCAGUACAAAUGAAUGGCAACAAUAAGCAACAGCUGUAUGGAAAAAAAAUUAUAGUAGCCUACUAAUAAAACAUA